UUGAAACGCAAUUUAUUCCUAAAAAUCAGGGGGACCGUUUCGGAGGUGCUCUGGAUGCGGCUGCAAAGCAGUUCAGCAAGGCAUUUGACAGCGGCAUGAUCCCCAUGGAGUUUGUCAACAAGAUGAAGAAGGAUGGCAAGCUGAUUAUGGGUAUCGGCCACAGGGUCAAAUCGAUCAACAACCCAGACAUGCGAGUGCAGAUUCUGAAGGACUUUGUGAAGCAGAAUUUCCCUUCCACCCAGCUGCUUGACUACGCCCUCGAUGUAGAAAAGAUCACCACCUCUAAGAAACCCAACCUGAUCCUAAAUGUAGAUGGCUUUAUUGGUGUUGCCUUCGUGGACAUGCUUAGAACUUGUGGAGGCUUCACACGGUAAGAAUAUGAGACGGCAUUGUGAGGUGUUAUUUCAGUAAGCUUUGGUGCGUGUGCUUUGAUUGGAUGGAUCUUAUCACCAAUAUCUCUUAAAUAUAAA